GCCGCGGAGGAAUGCGGCGUGGCCCCCAAAACAGCGGGAGAUUGGUACAAUUACUGCCGUGAAGUUGCGGAGGUUUUCGUCUCCCACCAGCAAAACAUCCAGCUCGGGGUUGAAGGCAUGCACGUCGAGGUGACCAUCGACCCACGUUUCUGACUUUGCCGAAAUGUCUGUCUCUAUAUUCGUAUGUUUUAUUUUCAGAUCGACGAGACCUUCACCCGGAGGCGAAAAUACAACCGCGGCCGCGUAACUAAAGGCACCCAAAUCACCAUCUUCGGUGCCUAUUGUCGGGAAACAAAAGAGGUGAUGUACUGGCAUGUGGACAACAAGAGCCGACGGGUUCUCUGGAGCCACAUGCUCAGAUACAUCGCCCGCGGUUCCAUCAUUGUUUCCGACAGCGCGGCCCAAUAUCGCGGUUGUACGACGAUGGGCUUCUCUGAACAUAAGACCGUUAAUCACAGCCAGCGGGGCCCCGGGAGAUUCGUCGACGCCGAUGAUCCCGAGGCCCACACUCAGAACAUCGAGUGCAGAAAUCGCUGGCUGAAGAAGUCCAUCAAGUCGCUCCGCACGGACAGGAGCCUGCAGAGCUACAACUGUACGUACGUGUACAGGACGCGGGUCCUGUCCCAGUUGCCAACAACAUCGGCAAAAUUCCGGCAGUUCAUCGGGGACAUCGUGGCCGUCUACCCGGGCCCCGGUCGUCAGGGUCUCCAACUCCGGACGAUCGGUGUGCCCGUGGAUCAACAUCUGCCGCCGGACGAGCCCUAUUUCGAUGUUCCCGUGCACGAGGGCGACGAAGAGGAACGGCAGGGGGAUGACGACCGCCCAACAACAUCGGGCGCCAACAUCUUCGUCAUCGACCCCCAGGACCUAGCCGAGGCGGGGACCAGCGGCCUCACCCCGUCCUCACCCACGCAACAUCGGGAAUAGGCUAGGCGUUGCCAGGUAGCGAAAGGAUAUGGCGGGAGACGCUGUUGAAGGUGAGUGUACAAUCUGGUUUCCAAAACGGUUUUCUAUUAGCCUAAGUAGUGACAGUCACCUCUGGAGAGGUAGGUCAGGUGUUUUGGACAAGCCACGAAAGCGGCGCAUAGUACUAGCCGACCGCGAUCGAAACCCGAGCGUGUCGGUGAAUGAGGGCCCUAGGCCCCGAGGUCAAGGAUGAGCG